AUGGCACAAAGAAAUCAAAAAUUCAGUGCAACAUCUUCGAAAAAGUCAAAUGUCGUUUCAAAAUCCACCAGUGCUAAGUCUUCAUCGACAAUUGAUAAUACUGCAAACGAAUUAAAGGAAGAAGAAGGUUUAACGGAAAAAGAACAGUUUCAGAUUUGCGAGAAUUUCAUUGUAUUUUGGCUCGAUUCAAGUUCGAAGAGCUUAAAUGAAAGCGCAAUUAGUCAAAUACGAUCCAUUGUCAAUAUCAUCAAAUCAUUUAAUAAUAUCAAUGAAUGCAUCAAGUCUAUCGUUGAGAUCAAAGACGAAAAAAUUUUUCUUAUCGUGUCAAAUUCUCUUGCUCAACAGAUUGUCCCUCUUGUUCAACCAUUUGUACAAGUUGACUCCGUCUAUAUACUUUCGGAUCGUGAACAAAUCAAUCAAAAAUUGAGUACAGCGUAUAUUAAAAUAAAAGGAAUUUAUACCGAUAUUGAAGCACUUUGUAAUGCAUUGAGAAAGAUUAUUCGACAGUUAAAUAAUGAUUUAAUACCAAUAAGCAUUGUUCCCCUGUCAUCGGGAGAUAAUCCAGAUCAACUCCCAACAUCAUUCAUGUAUUUGCAAUUAUUCAAAGAAUGUAUUUUAACAAUGCAAAGCGAUUCAAAAAUGGAAAUACAAGGAUUCGUGGAUCAUUUCACUUCAUAUUACAAAGAUAAUAACAGCAACAUAGAUAUUAUCAAACAAUUAAAAAGAGAAUAUUCACAACAUUUGCCGAUAUGGUGGUAUACGUUACCGAGUUUUCUAUACGAAACGCUCAAUGCAGCUCUCAGACAGUUCAACGUCCAACAUUUAAUGAAAAUGGGCUUCAUUAUUCGAGAUCUUCAUGAACAAAUAAAAAAAUUACAUUCUCAACCAAGUAACAAUAAACCAAUAUCGCUUGUUUAUCGAGGACUAUAUUUCCCGACUAACGAACUUGAAAACUUGAAGAAAUCAGAAAAUGGUCUUAUUUCUUUUGAUCAAUUCUUGUCGACAAGCACUGAAAAAAGCGUUGCUAUGUCUUUUAUUCCAAACAAGGCAGAUAAACCUGAUAAAACGCGUGUUUUAUUUCAAAUAGAAAUUGAAUCAUUCAAUUCAUCGGUGCCUUUCGCUUCUAUACAUGAAUUUAGUGCUAUAUCCUCAGAAAAUGAGAUACUUUUCUCUAUUUCUACUGUAUGUAAAAUCGGCAAGAUAAAAGAGAUAGAAGAUGGUCUAUGGGAAGUGAAUUUAACCUUGGUGGAUGAAAGAGAUCCAUUACUCGCACGUCUUAUUGAGCACAUGCGAGUUUCACUUGGAAAUGGAAAUAGUUGGCAUCGACUUGGUCAAUUAAUGAUCAAGAUGGGACAAUUCAAGCAGGCUGAAUCAAUCUAUAAGGAUCUGCUCGAAGCAACAUCUAUUAGUGAUAAAACAGAAUGUUCUUUCUUACACAACCAGCUUGGAUAUGUUUUUAAGCAAAUGAAUAAUUUGCCAGAAGCAUUGUCUCAUUACGAAAAGUCACUUACUAUUAAGCAAAGUUAUAUGUCACCUACUGAUUCUCGACUCUCUAGUAUAUAUUCGAAUAUUGGCGGAAUUUUCAAGGACCUCAAUAGACUUGAUGUAGCAUUGAAAUUUUAUCAAUGUGUUCUCAAGAUCGAUCUUGGAAUGUCAGAACCUAAUCCACUCGAGAUUGCUAUCGAUUACAAUAAUAUUGGCUCGGUAUUUGAUGAACAGGGUAAGUAUUCUGAAGCGCUUCAUAGUUAUAAAGAAGCAUUAGAAAUCAAACUCGAUUACCUUCCACCAUAUCAUUCAUCUCUUGCUACUACCUAUAGUAAUAUAGCUUUAAUUCUUCGUAAAAUGGGUAGUGAAGCUGCUGAACGACAUCAAUACGAAUCCGAACGUUCAAAUUAUAAAGAAGCACUUUCACAUUAUGAAAAAGCACUUAACGUACAAGAGAAAUCCCUGCCAACCAAUCAUCCCUCAUUAGUCUUGACUCAUGAUAAUAUAGCAAGAUUAUAUAAAAUGCAAAAGAACGAAUUGAAAGCCAUUGAACAUGCUGCAAAAGCUGAUGAUAUUGCUAAAGUCGCUUUUGGUAUGGAUGAUCCCGAACGGAAAAAACGGCAGCAUUACUUAGAAGAACUUGAAAGGACGCGAUCGGCUUUGGUGCGUCGAGCAGGCAUCGUUCGAAAGUAG